AUGGGAUCACCCGAUGUUAGCUUGUUGCUGCUCGUCAGCUUGGUGUGCUCUGCAGCAUUGUCUGCUGCAGAGAGUACAUAUGGUACAUACGGUACCUAUAAUGCCUAUGCCCGGGGGUUGUCGGGGAGCUUCUACGAUAAGUCCUGUCCUCAAGCCGCUUCGAUCGUAGAAAGCUUCGUGACAAGAUAUCUCAAUAAGGACAGGAACUUCUCUGGUACCUUCAUCCGGUUGCAGUUCCAUGAUUGUGGGGUUCGGGGUUGUGAUGGGUCAGUUCUUCUGAACUCCACUGCAACCAACCAAGCCGAGAGGGAGGCUCAUGUCAACUUCGGGCUCAGAGGCAUUGCCGAGGUGGACGAAAUCAAGGCUGCUCUGGAACAUGCGUGCCCUGGUGUGGUGUUGUGCGCAGAUAUGCUCAUCAUGGCAGCUCGUGACGCCACGGUCAAAGUGGGAGGUCCAACCUGGCCAGUGGCUUUGGGUCGCAGAGAUGGUGGUCAGUCAACAGACGUGAUGGCUGACAGCAACUUACCUUUCCCAAUUCUGAACUUCAGCGGGCUGGGUGCUAACUUUGCUGCCAAAGGAUUUAAUGCUAGAGAAAUGUUAGCUCUUUCAGGUGCACACACAGUUGGUCAGUCUCAUUGCAAUGGGAUCCUCCCACAUCUGUACAAUUUCACAGGAAAGGAUGUUGUUACGGACACAGACCCUUCCUUGAACAAAGCGUUUUCUGUCUCCCUGAAGAAGGUCUGUCCUCCAGGGAACAGGACCAACACCGUCCAUAUGGACUCAACUGUGAAUAUUUUUGACCGCGUCUACUACCAAAAUGUGCUCGGUGGCAGAGGAGUCUUCAUCACUGACUCUGCUCUCAUCACUAACUCUGCAGGCAAGAAAGUUGCUCGGUUAUUCUCCCAGCGCAGCUCGAGCUUUUUUGAAGAGUUUGCUGCUGCAAUGGUGAAGAUGGGAAAUCUUGGGGUUCUCACGGGGACCCAAGGUGAAAUCCGCAGGACCUGCCAGUUCGUAAACUAG